CAACGAUCGUCCAACAAUCGUCCGUAGCCAUUUCAGCUCAAGCCAUUUUGGCUCAAGCCAUUUUUGGGGCAGUGGAGAUCUCGACUGUGGCAGCAUGUGGUUGCCGGCCGGCCAGCAUCCCACCAGCCAUGGUCAACCCGCGCACGCUGUUUGAAGACGUUAAGCGGCUCUCGCCGAGCAGUGGAAGGGCAAGGCGUUGUGUCCCCGAGUCGAAUUGGCUGAGCUCGGCCCCCACGGAAUGCCCAACGUCAGAGCUGCUCGUCUUCGACGAAGACCUGGACGCCGACGCGCUCAAGAAGAGCUCCACCACGCUGCCGAGGGCCGAGGGACGGCGACGAGCCAGCGCUCCUCGAGAAGGCGCUCCUUGAGACUGUGUCCUUCGGGGACGGGCCCCCCCGGAUGGGGCCUGCGAUGCCGCCGCCGAGGGCGGCCCCGCUCCGACUCCGGUCCCAGGCGUUCUGGGAGCAGAAGGCGGCUGCCGCCCGGCGAUCGGCGUGUUCGCCUUGGGAGCUGGGCGUGAAGCAGCGCCGCCCGUGCCUCGACGAACGCGGCUGCCUCGGGCCAGCGGCGGUCGCAGCGCUGGCAGCAGAAGGCGCCGAGGGCGAAGGCGCCGCUGGCAGCCCGAGGAGCUUGGCGGGCGCCCUCUCGAGGGAAAUCCGCCGUGGGGCGCUCGGGCCCGUUGCGCCGCUGGCCCCGCCGCCUGCCCCGCCGCAAGGGUCGCCCUAGCAGCGCUCGGGGUGCUCUGAGGUCGCGUGGCCGGUCGUACCACCUGGCUGGGAGCCGGAGGGAGCCGCGACUGGGGUGAGUCUGACGAGUGCCGAGCUGCCUUGCCAGCGUCUGUCCGCGUCCAGGGCGAGCCAUGCAUCCGUCUGCUCCAGUGGCAGCCUGGGGCCUGCUACUCCAAUGUUCAAGAUUUUAUUUUUUUAAGUGCCGAGCUGUCCUGCUGGUAUCUGGCGUUGCACAGACAAAUACCUCUCAAAACGGGGGCGGGGAACUCACUCACUCAUGUCAUACCCUGGAGUGCGUGGGCGCAAGAAGAUAGGGCCAGCAUUUUCUCACCGCUGUCGCGCUGCAGUGUACUCUCAUGCUCUGUCAUAUUUGGAGAAUUCGGCCCAAAGUGCCGUUAUUUCUUUAUUUGGCUCGGACCCCAACUAUCCACUAUUCAAAUUUUAUAAAGUAUGACCCCAACUAUAUCCUGCUUCGUUCUUUGGUCAUCAGUUGUCCAGCUGGCAUCCUCAACGUCACGGCGUUCCAGCCAGCGUCCUCCAUGGGUGGGGAACCAUGCGCUCUGCUCUUUUCAUUAAUUUGUGCACUCCUCCCGUUGCACGGAUAAUACCUCCGAAAGCGGGGGCGGGGAAGGAUAAACAAGUUCGUCAUUUGCCAGUUUCGGGACAUUGGCCAAGGUGUGCGAUGCGAGAUGCGAGUAAUGACUCGUCGCGUUAGCGGUCCUGGGAUGUGUCUGGCACGACGAUGGGCAAACAAGGACGCCUUCUGCAUCGCGCAGUAGGGGCGACCUAGUGUUGCUUGCACCCCAGCCACGUUGUUAUUUGACCCUUGGCCUUUUGGACAGCCAAGGAUCUGACUGCUCAGAGGAAGUAUACAGCCCACAUUUCUUUUUAUAAGUGCUGGAUUAUAUCAAGCCCGAUGUGCAGGGCGACCUGAUGUCGCCUCGCACGCUCAUUCCGGACAUGUUUGUCUGCCUGCGAUGUAGAUUUUAUAAUUCGCAGGGGAGCAGGUUUGCUGAACAA